AUGAAGUCUAAACCUUUAGCUCAGCUAAUUACUCCAAGCACAAAUGUUAUAGAUAAACAGAAUGAGGAGCACCAAGCUGAAAGAGAUUUUCAAAAUAAAUUGGAUUCUGCAUCUACAGCACUGAAAAACAAGAUACAUAAUAAAAAAAUUAGCAAAUAUACUAAUCCAGUUUCAGAAGAAAGUGCAGAUAGUAAGACAAAAAAGAGUAAAGGAAAAAAACAGUCCCAAGGGGAUCAUACCAAGUCUGCUAGCACUUCUGAGGCAACUAUUACUUAG